CCUAUAAGAAACGCGUAGGUAGGUCACGUGUUUAGACUCCGGAAGCAUUUCAAACUGGUGCGCACAACUCCACUUCACUCCUCGUGUUUCUCAGCAAACAACUAUUACAUCUUAUGCUGUUCGUGGCAUCGUUGUUUCACCCUUUCAAUUGUCAAUAAACCUGGCCUCCAUCAGUCAACCUGGUGUACAGAGUUUUGAUGAGCGGAAGGUGUUGAACUUACUGCCUUCGUGUACAAGUGUGCUUAAGGAAGGCAGGAUAGUGAAACAACGUCUUCAUCUUAUAAGGUAACACACUUACACGCUGAGCAUACAUCAUGAAUUCAAAGGAGCCGUCGCUGAAGUCUAGAUCCUACACAUCAGGCUCCACAAAAUCAUCUGCGGGGAAUGCUGCAGCUUUAGCCCGUGCCAAAGCAGAGGCAGCAAAAGCACGACUGAACUUUGCAGAAAAAGACAUGAUCCUAGCAAUGGAAAAAGCCCAAUUAGAAGCACACAUGAUGAAACUGUCCCUAGAAAGAGAUGCAGCUGUAGCUGAAGCGGAGGCUGAGGCCCUAGAAGCAGCGCUCAGCAUGGAUGGCAGUGUGCGAAGUAGCAGGAAGUUCCCACUUCAACAGAAUCCCUGUGACCCUCUAGAGCGGACCAGAGAAUAUGUCACUGAUCAGUCAAAAGAACAUUCGUCUGUAGCAUUAGAAGAAUACGCUCAGGAUGGUGCUCGUGAGCGAGGCACACAAUCCAACGCCCCUCUUAACUCCUUCAUCCAGGACAGUGUUGGUCAGCUACACACACAUUCAACCCCGGCACUGCAUCCACAUCCUCAUUUUUCUUCUCAAAAUGAAAGCAGCCAUCCAUGUUUGGACCCAGCACCAAGUAACUAUCACCAUACUCUCCAGUCCAUACCAGUAGAGAGGCCAGCUGCUUCCAACAUCACACCAACAGCAGCAAGUAGAGUAACUGUAAAUCAGCCACAACCCUCUAUGACCACGCCUCUACCCUUCAAGAAUACUCAAGGUUAUCAUAACCAACAGGGAUCAAGUAAAAAUUGUUUUCAGUAUCCCGACACGUCCAAUAACACUCCUCAUAAUGGUCAUCAUGACAGAUAAGAUAUGAAUGAUGUUAUCAGAUAUUUCGCUCGGCGUGAACUGGUUACUACAUGUAUGACCCAAUUCAACGACCAGCCAGAGAGUUACAGUGCUUGGCAACAGUCCUUUCAAAACGCAGUAAGAGGACUUCAUCUAACAUGCAGCGAGGAAAUGGAUUUGCUGGUCAAGUGGCUUGGGGAAGAGUCAGGAGAACAUGCAAAACGUAUUCGAGCUGUCAACGCUAGCCAACCUCAAAGAGGACUUCAGAGUAUAUGGGACAGACUGGACGCAUGCUACGGAGCCCCUGAAGUAGUCGAAGAGGCACUUUUCCAACGCAUCAGCAACUUCCCCAAAAUCACCUACAAGGACAUGAGCUCAGUGACCUUCUUAUGGAACUGCAGGCGGACAAGACAGAUGGAACUCUUCCCGGCCUUCACUACCUCGACACAGCCAGAGGAAUAAGUCCUCUUGUCCAGAAGUUGCCCUCUAGUCUGCAAAAGAAAUGGCUGUCUGUUGGGUCCAAUUACUAAGAACACUUUCGAGUCUCAUUCCCUCCUUUUGAAGUAUUUGUGGACUUUAUUUUCCAUCAGGCUAAAAUCAGAAAUUACCCUAGUUUCAACGUUGCUGUUCAAGCUGACUUUGCAAAGACAGACAAGACCUUUUAGAACAACCAAACCAAGAGAAAUAUCAGUCCACAAGAUGGAAGUCUCUCCUACAGAACACAGUGCUGAAGCUGAGAACCCCGAACGUCAGUGCCCAAUUCAUAAAAAACCCCACCUUCUGAGGAAAUGUCGAGCAUUCCGAGAUAAACCCAUAGAAGAAAGGAAAGAAUUCCUCAGAGAACACAAGAUAUGCUUUAAAUGUUGCACGUCUUCAAAACACAUGGCUAGAGACUGCAAGUAUACAGCCACAUGCACUGAAUGUGGGAGUGACAAACAUAACUCUGCUCUCCAUCCAGGACCAGCACCACAGACAGAGGAGCCAUACCCCUCUUCAAAGCAUGGCGGGGAGCCAACAGCUUCAGAAGUUGCCAGCAGCUGCACUACAGCUGUGGUGGUGAUCAAAGUGACAGAUCAUGCUCUAAAAUCUAUUUGGUUAGAAUCUACCCCAUCAACCGUCAAGAAAAGGCAAUAAAGGUCUACGCUAUCAUUGACGAACACAGCAACAGAUCCUUAGCCCGGUCUGAGUUCUUUGACACCUUCAAAGUCCAAGGAUCCCCCUCUCCAUACUCUCUCCGAACCUGUUCAGGAGUAACAGAAACCAUGGGAAGAAGAGCUACAGGUUACCAGAUUGAAUCCAUGGACGGCAAAGUCAGUCUUCCUCUACCAAGUCUGGUUGAAUGCAACGACAUCCCUGACAACAGAUCAGAGAUCCCAACUCCCAAUGCUGCAUCUAAUUUAUGGGUUGUACUUGUAUAGCGCUUUUCUACCUUCAAGGUACUCAAAGCGCUUUGACACUACUUCCACAUUUACCCAUUAGUGUCUUGCUCAGGACACAACGGACCCCCACCUGAAGUCCAUUGCUCAAUUCAUCCCAGAGCUCGAACAGAGAACACCCAUUCUGCUUCUCCUAGGCCGAGACAUUAUCGCAGCUCACAAAGUUCGCAAACAGUUGAACGGCCCUCGAGAUGCUCCUUAUGCACAGAAACACGACCUGGGGUGGGUGAUAGUUGGUAAUGUCUGCUUGGGAGGUGUGCACAAGCCAGAUAGUAUAAAUGCCUUCUAUACCCAGGUAAAAGAACGGAAACGCCCCUCCAUCUUUCAACCAUGCUCAAACAUCCUGCAGGUGAAAGAGAGAUGCAGUCAGUUUCAGUACAAAGACUAUCCGAAGAUACAGACAACUGGGAUUCUUACAUGCAGUCGAGAAGCUGAAGAGUUGGGCUCCACAGUGUUUCAGCAGACAAGGGAUGAUGACAAAGUUGCUCCUUCAAUUGAGGACAUUUCUUUCUUGAAAAUCAUGAGAGACAAUUUAAAGAAAGAUUAAAAACAACAGCUGGGUAGCUCCGCUGCCUUUCACGUCACAAAGGCGUCGUCCCCCCGAUAACAAAGUACAGGCCUUAAAUCGACUUUCAUCACUGACACGGAGUCUUGAAAGGAAGCCUGCAUUAAAACAACAUUUUCUCACCUUCAUGGAAAAUAUGUUUCAGAAAAAUAAUGCAGAAGUAGCACCUCUUUUGAAGAGAGGCGAAGAGCGCUGGUAUCUUCCAACCUUUGGUGUGUAUCACCCGAAGAAGCCUAGAAACAUUCGCAUUGUGUUUGACUCAAGUGCUCAGCAUGGAGGAGUGUCAUUAAACAAUGUCUUGUUGACUGGGCCCAACCUCAACAACAGCCUGCUUGGGGUACUUCUCAGGUUCCGCAAAGAAGCUGUAGCAGUAACAGCGGACAUUGAACAGAUGUUCUACUGCUUCCUCGUCAGGGAAGAGGACCGUAAGUUCUUGAGGUUCCUGUGGUUCCGGGAUAAUGACCCAUCCAAAAACAUUAUUGACUACCGCAUGAGGGUCCACGUCUUCGGCAACAACCCCUCCCCCGCAGUGGCUAUCUACUGUCUCCGGAAGAGCACAUAGUUUGGAGACCCUGACGUCAAACAGUUCGUCAAUCGGGACUUUUACGUGGACGACGGCUUGAAAUCCUUCUCUUCUGUAGAAGCAGCAGUGGACAUACUCAAGAGAACGGAAGACACUCUCUCAGCAUCAAACUUGCGAUUGCAUAAAAUUGCCUCAAACAGGAGAGAAGUAAUGGAGGCCUUCCCAUCCCGUGAUCACGCCAACGACUUCAAAGAUCUGGAUAUUGGUGCUGAUGAUCUUCCAAUGCAACGCAGUCUCGGCCUCAACUGGGAUUUGAUGUCCGACACCUUCAUCUUCAAGGUUGGCGAUGAAGAGAAACCCUUCACCCGCCGAGGCAUCCUGUCUACUGUUAAUGGCAUCUUCGAUCCUCUUGGAUUUAUCGCCCCAAGUCACUAUUCAAGGCAAAGCCAUCUUACGAGAGCUUACAAGAGAUCACGGCGACUGGGACUCUCCCCUCCCACAAGACAUGAAACAGACAUGGGUCACAUGGCGAUCCUCUCUAGAAGAUCUGGGAAGUCUCCAGCUACCACGGACAUAUGCAGAACCUUCUCUGGCAGGAAUGUUGCGAUGAGAGCUAUGUGUCUUUUGUGACGCCUCUACUAAGGCAAUCGCUGCUGUAGCCUAACAGAUACAGAGGGUACCAUCCAUGUAGGGUUUACUAUGGGAAAGGCUAAGUUGGCCCCCCUUAACGAACAUACGGUGCCGAGGCUUGAGCUUUGCGCAGCUGUCCUUGCUGUAGAACUGGCAGAGCUCAUCACCUCAGAGAUCGACACACAACUGGAUGAGACCCAUCUUUUACAGCGACAGUCAGGUAGUACUCGGUUACAUCAAGAAUGAGACCAGACGCUUCUACGUGUACGUCAGCAACCGAGUACUAAGGAUAAGAAGGUCUUCUCGCCCUGGAAAGUGGCAACAUGUGCCAACAGAACUCAACCCGGCAGAUAUCGCUACAAGGUCCGUUACAGCUGCACAUCUCACAGAUACCAGCUGGCUGUGUGGACCCCUAUUUCUGAAGAGCCAUUGAAAAAACAGUCUGAAGAAGACAACUUUGAGCUAGUUGACCCUUCAUCAGAUCCAGACAUCCGUGCACUAGUGUCAACAAUGAGCACAACCAUGUCAAGCAGACUACUUGGAUCUCAACACUUCUCCAAGUUUUCAAGUUGGAAAUCAUUGACCCAUGCAGUCGAUCACCUUAUCCGUAUUGCUCGCCGCUUCCAGAGGAACCCUGCAACCAAAGACAAUGUUUGCAAAGACUCCCAUCUCCGUGACGCGGCGAUCUCUACAAACGAACUCUUACAGUCUGAGAAAAUCAUCAUCUGCACUGUUCAACGGGAGAUCUACGCUGAUGAGUACACCUGUCUGCAGAAGGAGGAAAGUAUUUCUAAAGACAGCCCCCUCAAAGCCCUCGAUCCUUUCAUUGAUAAUGACGGUCUUCUGAGAGUUGGAGGUCGUAUCAAAGAAGCUCAACUUCAGCAACAAGAGAAAACCCCCAUCAUUAUUCCCGGCAGUCAUCAUGUAGCAAUACUCUUGAUCCGACACCAUCAUGAGAAAACUCAACAUCAAGGGCGACUGUUCACCGAGGGUGCCAUACGCAGUGCCGGAUUCUGGAUAGUUGAUGGAAAAAGACGGGUGAGCAGUGUGAUUCAUGCAUGUGUCGUAUGUCGUAAACUACGAGGCCCCCAUCAGGCACAGAAGAUGGCCGACAUUCCGGAAAAUCGCCUCUCUACUGAACCUCCAUUCACAAAUGUUGGCUUGGAUGUGUUUGGACCGUGGGCUGUGUCUUCACGACGUACAAGAGGUGGCUUCGCUCAGAGUAAACGGUGGGCAGUGUUAUUUACCUGCAUGAGUGUUCGAGCUGUCCACAUCGAGGUAAUAGAAUCUCUAGACACGUCAAGCUUCCUCAACGCUCUUCGGCGUUUCCUUGCUGUUAGGGGCCCUGUGAAGCUUAUUCGUUCAGACCGAGGAACUAACUUUGUCAGCGCGUGCAAAGAGCUGAAGAUCUCAAACAUCAUUAAUGCUUCGGUCGAGAAGUAUCUCUUGGAUCAAGGAUGUGAAUGGAAGUUCAACGCUCCUCAUGGCUCUCAUAUGGGUGGUUCAUGGGAGAGGAUGAUUGGAGUAGCACGAAGGAUUCUGGACUCCAUGUUCCUCCAGCUAGGAGCUUCACGACUCACUCACGUAGCACUCACUACACUGGUGGCAGAAGUUGCUGCAGUCAUUAAUGCCAGACCUCUGAUCCCAGUGUCUACUGACCCGGACGACCCCCUCAUCCUUACUCCAGCAACCCUCCUCACCCAAAAAGUGAGUUUUCCUUCUGCCCCAGUCGGUGAUUGGAUCAAAAACCUUCACAAGUCCCAGUGGCGCCAAGUCCAACAUCUUGCCCAAACUUUCUGGAAUAGAUGGAAGAGACAAUACCUUGCAUCACUUCAACCACGGACAAAGUGGACGACCUCCACUCCAGACCUUCAGCUUGGGAGUAUUGUCCUUCUCAAAGACAACCAGUUUGCAAGAAACGAGUGGCCUCUGGGCUUGAUUACUCAAGUCUUUCCAAGCAAAGAUGGUAAGGUGCGGCAAGUGGAGAUCAAGGUCUACAGGAAAGAUGGGACUAAACUCUUCCUGCGUCCCAUUUCUGAGACAGUCCUCCUUCUUGCUUCUGAUAAGGAACGAUAAGAGCUGUAUGGACAUUAAGGUGGUGACAUUUUAAAAUGCCAGGCGGGGAGUGUUCUGCCCCAGUUAUUAAGAUUACUCUAUUUAGUGUGUGUUUAUUGCUAAGUCAUUUCAAUUGAUUCUGCUAAGUGAGCUGUACCUAUAAGAAACGCGUAGGUAGGUCACGUGUUUAGACUCCGGAAGCAUUUCAAACUCCACUUCACUCCUCGUGUUUCUCAGCAAACAACUUUUACAUCUUUUGCUGUUCGUGGCAUCGUUGGUAUGUACCUAUAUUUAAUGUUUAUAGUACACAAUGAAUCAUAUUUAGCUGUAAAUGUGUGUGUUUAACAAAGUUAGACGAGCUCUGGGCCCUGCGAUGAGGUGGCGACUUGUCCAGGGUGUACCCCGCCUUCCGCCCGAUUGUAGCUGAGAUAGGCGCCAGCGCCCCCCGCGACCCCGAAAGGGAAUAAGCGGUAGAAAAUGGAUGGAUGGAUGGACGAGCUCUGAUUUCGUCACUUGUUCACGUCAGCUAACUUUCAUUUGUUGUCAUCUGCCUCCAUCUAGUGGACGUUUGUUGUACCGUUACUUAAGACAAUUUACCGGUAAACAGCAGAACGCUCAUUUGUCACUGGUAUUUACUAAUUAUAACAACACAUACAGUAGUGUGUGACAAAGUUAAACUUAGAAUUAAUUCAAAUGGAAUACUUGAUAAUCUGUGGUCUGUGAUAUGACAUUAUUAAGUUCAUUUAAUUCAGGCAUUUACAUGUACAAUGUUUGUGUCCUACAGUUUCACCCUUUCAAUAGUCAAUAAACCUGGCCUCCAUCAGUCAACCUGGUGUACAGAGUUUUGAUGAGCGGAAGGUGUUGAACUUACUGCCUUCGUGUGCAAGUGUGCUUAAGGAAGGCAGAAUAGGUUUAUUAGCAUAACUCCAAAACCAAACAUAAAAUCUGUCUAAUAAAGCCUGUAAUAUUGAACACUGUAAACCAAAAAAUGAUCAAAGACAUUAUAUUUACAGAAUUUUUCAUUAAACAUUUUGUGGAAAAAUAUCGUAAUUUUACAGAUUUUUACGAAAUUAUUAAAAUGAACCACCUUUAAUAAAGUGAAGAUGCAAAAAGUUCUGCAGAAAAAUAUAUUUUUUUAAAGAGGUUUUCCAAAUUAUUACGAUCAACCAACUAUAAUGAAGUGACAAUGCUGGCAGUUCCACCGAAAAUACCAU